UUUACAAAAGCAUCGAUAACAGUUUUUAACUUUAAUUUUUUAAUUUUAAAUCAUUUCGAGUUGAAAACGUAAACAAUUACUAAAAUAACAACAAAAUGGAUAUAGGCGAGCUGUUGGCUUUUAAGCCUGAACAGACACCCAAGCGGCCCCAUGAGGAUGAAGACGAUGACUUUGCAUUGCCUUCGGAGCCACCUUCCAGCGAGGGUAAGCGGGAUGACAAGGCUAAACGUAUGCGACGCAUUGCCGAGGCCAAGGAGACGGCAAAAUAUAGUCAACAGCAGGCCAGCUCCUCUUCUGCCACCACAUCAAAUAGUUAUGAAUUCGAUCCGGAACUGACCGAGGAAGAGCGUCUCAAUAUUCUACGUUAUGUGGAGAAUGAAGAAGCCGAUGGCGAUGUGUUGGACGAGCAAGGAUUGAAAAAGUUAAUCUUGGUCUUUGAGAAGCGUAAUUUAAAGAAUCAGGAAAUGCGUAUUAAGUUCGCAGAUAAUCCCGAGAAAUUCAUGGAUUCAGAGGUAGAACUUCAUAGCGUUAUACAAGAGCUAAAGGCAGUAGCCACAGUGCCAGAUCUCUAUCCCUUGCUGGUGGAACUUCACGGUUUACAUAGUCUACUGGAACUAAUUGCCCAUCAAAAUACAGACAUUGCUGUAGCCGUAGUGGAUCUGCUACAAGAAGUAACCGAUGUGGACAUAUUGGGUGAAAGUCGCGAAGGAGCCGAAGCCUUGAUUGAGGCUCUAAGAAACGAGCAAAUUUGUGCUUUACUAGUACAGAAUUUAGAGCGACUUAAUGAAUCUAUUAAAGAAGAAUCCGAUGGAGUACACAACACGUUGGCCAUCGUGGAGAAUCUAACGGAGAUUGAGGGAGCAUUCGUCAAAGAGGCCGCCGAGCAAGGUCUUCUGGCAUGGCUUCUGAAGCGUCUAAAGGGAAAAAGUCCCUUUGAUCCAAAUAAAUUAUAUUGUAGUGAAAUUUUAUCCAUUCUCAUUCAAACUGAAAAUGAGAAUCGUCUGCUCUUGGGCUCUUUAGAUGGUGUUGACGUUUUGCUCCAACAAUUAGCUGUCUACAAACGACACGAUCCCGCGAGUAAUGAGGAACAGGAAUUUAUGCAGAAUCUUUUCAAUUGCAUAUGUUCAGCUUUGAUGGCACCUGAGAAUCGAGAUCGCUUCCUUAACGGUGAGGGACUUCAGCUGAUGAAUCUAAUGCUACGCGAAAAGAAAAUGUCGCGCAAUGGAUCCCUCAAAGUAUUGGAUCAUGCCAUGGCUGGACCCGAUGGCCGCGAGAAUUGUAACAAAUUUGUAGAAAUCCUCGGUCUACGUACCAUAUUUCCACUCUUUAUGAAAACGCCAAAGAGGAAUAAACAGCGAUUGCUUUCCGCCGAUGAGCAUGAGGAGCAUGUCGCUUCGGUCAUUGCCUCCAUGUUGAGGAACUGCAAGGGCACACAUCGGCAACGCAUGUUGGCCAAAUUCGCGGAAAACGAUCAUGAAAAGGUGGACCGUCUGUUGGAGUUGCAUUUGAAAUACUUGGCCAAAGUGGAGGCCAUCGAUAAAGAAAUCGAUCAACAGAUUAAGGAUCCUUCUGUUGAUGAUGAUGAAGAGGCUGAAAACAAUUACAUUAAACGUUUAACCGGAGGACUCUUUACACUCCAGCGAAUUGACUAUAUUCUCCUAGAGGUCAGCGCCACAUCGGACACAGUCAAACAGCGCGUCCUUAAGAUACUUAACCUACGUGGAGCUUCUAUGAAAACUAUUAGGAGCAUUAUGAGAGAAUAUGCUGGUAAUUUGGGUGACGGCGACAUAGAUUGGCGGGAGCAGGAGCAGGCUCAUAUAUUAUCACUAGUAGAUCGUUUCUAAUUGUAAUUUCAAAAUAAACCACUACGAAGAACUCAAA